CUUGAUUUGUACUCAUUAGGGGAAUUUGCCGGAGCGACGAAAUCUUUGACUUUUGAAAUUCCAUUAUUUCGACGAUUCAGCUUUGCAUGUUCAUGCACGCCUUCAACCCGCUGGAGGGAAUAAAGCAUUUAGGAUCCCCACAAACCGCACCCCUGGAGCACGCAACCCAAAACGCCUCGCCUUUCUUUCUUCUUUCAGAGUGUCGCUAUUUUUAGGACCUUGACGGUCGCAAAGUUAUUCAUAGCACAUCGCCGUUGACAUUACCGUUAGCCAACAGUCGACUGGGAAACUGCAAGAGAGAGCAUGCCUCAACCGUACAUUCGCAUCCCGAGCGUAGAAGAGUCAACAGACACACCUCUCUCGCUGGCUAUAUCCGUCGAGAGUCCAACACCACCUACAGACCACCACUCUAUAACGAUCCAAACCCCGUUUAUAAAGAUAUCGCCCACGAAAACACCCGCGAGCCCUUGUGACUAUGAUUACUUGUCAGACGAGGAAGGUUGCAUGUCGCCUUUUGGCAUACAACAUGAACAGCCAAAAUUUAUCAAAAUGGUGGGGGCACCAAAGCCGUCAUCGUCCGGCGAGGAGCCGCUCGAACUAGAUCCCCUCACCGGGGCUCCUAUCAAACCAACGCCGUCUUCAGUCGUCAACGCGGUAGACCAUGAAAAUGUUCUCGUGGAUGUGUUGGAAGCUCAGAAUGAGGAUCCAUUUACUCUGGAGCCGUUUGACUCAUUGAUUCAAAUGCAUAUGGAGAAGGACAAGGAUUUUAUUAUAGCACGAGUGACAACUGUGGAUCCCAACGAUGAAACCAGGUUCUACUAUAGUUACUAUGCGGCACACCAUAUCAAUAAGGUGUUAUUCAGGACGCAGCCUGAAGAGGGAUUGCUGCACAGAAUGAAGGCGAAGAAUCCGUUGAACAACAUGACAAUUGUUGGAGAUGUGCAUUAUUUCGUAGUAUCUGCAGCCGCUAUGAGAGCUCAAAACAACGCCAUAACUCCCGGAAGAAGUUCGUUUGAUUCCAUCCGCUCCGUCAACUCCAUACGUUCCAUAUCUUCCAUUCGCUCUGUAAACUCUAUUCGAAGCAUGAUGUCAGUCUUCUCCACAGCUUCUGUCUCAUCUACAGGGUCCGGAAGGCGGGAAUUUGAUCGUUUUCGACGACGACCUCCACGAGCAAAGAGUACAUCUGUAUCGGUUCAUGAGAGCGACGGAGGAAAGGCAGGGUUGGGGAGGUUUCUGGGGAUUGGACAGCAUGGUGUCCGAAAGCGAACGCUCCAUCUCAUCAUGCGACCUGAUGCGUUUGAGAAUGUGGUCGAAGAGGUCGUGCCGUUGACAGAAGAAGAAGGUGGCAAGGGCAAAGGCAUUAACGGUAAAGGCGUCUUUGUACGAGGGAAGAUACGGCCUCUGUCAGCGGAAUCGGGUAGGAAGGUGAAGGAAGAUCCACCUGAGGGGCGACGGAGCCGGAGGAAUUCUAUGGAUGACGCAUUUGCCGAAGGAGAUGGCAUCAAGAUGGGCACACGGGUAUCGUCCUCAAGACAGGAAGAUGACCGGUCAUCUGAAGGACGCUCAUCAUUGGACGGCGGUGCACACGCUGGAACAGCCAACUACCGUGUUGGUAGCACGACCCCAAAAAUUCACAGAAGGGUGCGCUCGAUCAGUUUUUCCAACGAGCAUCAUGGCGUGUUAAACUUGCAAGAUUGGAUAAAGAUGCACUCUGAGGACGAUAAAGUCUCGCCCUCGGGCCCUGUCAAUGGAAGGGAGUCGAACAAUGGUGCAUCCAGUAAUAAAACCGCUAUUCAGCGCCUCCGAUCAACAAAUGGACAUACCUCACAUACAGCCCCUUCCUCAAGCCGACGACAACAUUCCCCGCCACCGCGCCAGCAACGUCGGACGCGCACUCCCCUUUUGGAACAAGCCUUGUCCCCCACAUCUCCCUCCAUUCCCGAGCCCUUUUACUUUGUCGCAAAAUUCUACGCAACCGACGACGAUUUCUUAAUGAAGGCAGCCGUCAGAGCAUAUUUCAAAGAGAAUGCUCUGGAUACAUCUGAUGCAGUUUUGUUCACAAUUCCGUCCAGCAGAGACGAGAAUGAAGUAUUGGAAGGAACAGAAGACCAUCCCGCCUUGAUGGGUUUUGUGUAUGCCGUGAGCGAAGAGGAUGAGGAAGGAGGAUGGCUUGGACGCAGUAGCGGAGGCUCAAGAGGGCUCAAAUGGAUAUUGCUCUGUUACGUCGCCUUUGGGUUUUUGUUGAUCAAGUUCGUUGUUCCGGACGCUUACGCAUACAUCAUGGCCUUCCUUCUCAUCUUCCUGCUCUGUCUGGUGAUGAUAUUAUGUUUGUGAGCAGACCUACUGUAGAUAGACCUAGUCGUACUUCAGGGUAGUACGUGCAUGAAAUCUCUUGACGUGUCCUCCCCAAGUGGUUAGCAUGGUAGGGAUAGAUGGCUUUGGAUGCCAACAUACUGUAUUAUAUCAUGCCUUUGAGCGGAAAUCAUGAGCCUCAUGUAUAGAUAAUAAGCAUUUUUGUUUGCUAAAUAGUAAUCGCUUUCGUUUUGUGUA